AUGCCUGACCAAAUAUCCGUCCUCUUUGUGUGUCUCGGCAACAUCUGUCGCUCGCCCAUGGCCGAAGGCAUCUUUCAGCACCUCGCUAAGCAGCCGAAUCUCAAAGACAAGAUCGGGCGCAUUGAUUCUUGUGGAACGGCUGCUUAUCACAGCGGCGAGCCUCCGGAUGACCGAACCAUGUCCACACUAGAGGCCAACGGUAUAGAUGAUUACGACCAUCUCGCUCGGCGCUUCCACCCGAGCGAUUUCACCACUUUCGACUACAUCUUUGCCAUGGAUCGAUCAAACCUCUCAGACCUUCUCCGACUACAAAAGAACAACCCGGACUCGACUGCCAAGGUGAUGCUGUUCGGAGAGUUCAGCGGCACAAAGCGACCCGAGAUCGUCAAUGACCCAUACUACGGCGGAAACGACGGCUUCUCCAAGGCCUACGAACAGUGCACGCGAUUCUCCAAGAACUUUGUAAAGGAGACUUUUGGAGAAGAGUAA